UGAUGCGACGCUUUAUCGCGUUGUAUUGUGGGAUUGAAAUGGAAGCCUGUGUAGCUGGUUGUGAAAGUUUACAUUGGUAGCAUUAUCUAAGAGCCAUGAAGCGUGUGUUCAGCUUAACAGAAAAAGCAGUGCUUGCUGUUCCUGUCCAAUACAGCUGGCAGAAGACAUUGGGAAACUACCUUGCUGUAGUAGGGUUUGACCAUACUGUAAAAAUCUUUGAUCGCCAUGGCCAAAAAAGAGAUGAAAUUAAUCUACCCAGCAACUGUGUCGCCAUGGACUGGGAUGCAGAUGGAGAUACUCUAGCAAUGCUUGCUGAAAAAUCUAGCAUCAUCUACCUGUGGGAUGCAAACACAAACAAAAGCAGCCAGGUGGACAGUGGAAUGCGGGACCAGAUGUCUUUUUUACUUUGGUCUAAAGUUGGGGCUUUGCUGGCUGUUGGAACAGCAAAGGGGAAUUUACUUCUGUACAACCCACAGACAUCUCGAAAAAUUCCAGUACUAGGAAAGCACACAAAGAGGAUCACUUGUGGCUGCUGGAGUAUGCAGAACUUACUUGCACUUGGCAGUGAGGAUAGAACGGUAACAAUCAGCAACCAGGAAGGAGAUACCAUAAGACAGACAAUGGUGAGGGCAGAGCCCAGUGACAUACAAUUCUCUGUUAUGAAGACUGAUGAGAGAGCAUCACAGGGUGAAUGCACAGUAAGUGUUCUGGUUGGCAAGAAGACCUUGUUUCUCUUUAAUCUCAGUGAUCCAGAUAACCCUGUUGAGCUUGCUUUCCAACAGCAGUAUGGCAACAUUGUUUCUUACAAAUGGUAUGGCGAUGGCUACAUCAUGAUUGGCUUCUCUCUAGGAUACUUUGUAGUAAUUUCUACUCACAUACGAGAGAUUGGUCAGGAACUCUUCCAGAAUCACAAUCAUAAAGACAAUCUUACCAGCAUUUCUAUUUCACAUGCACUCAACAAAGCUGCCUCAUGUGGUGACAACUGUAUUAAAAUCCAGGAUCUUACAGAGCUGAAGGAAAUGUACGCAAUUAUAAACCUGGAUGAUGAGACAAAAGGUUUAGAUCGUCUCUCUUGGACAGAUGAUGGACAGCUUUUAGCUAUAUCUACACAGCGAGGCACUCUUCAUGUCUUUCUGACAAAACUUCCAGUCCUUGGAGACACAUGUGGCACACGUAUUGCUAACUUAACUUCUCUUCUGGAAGUAACCGUUGCAAACUAUGUUGAAGGGGAUUCUCCAAUUACAGUUGCAGUGGAUGUGGAACCUAACUUCAUUGCAGUAGGCCCGUAUCACUUAGCUGUGGGAAUGAACAAUCGUGCAUGGUUCUAUUUACUUGGAGAUAAUGGAGUAGAAAAACUUAAAGAUGUGGAGUACCUUGGGACAGUGGCUAGCAUGUGUCUUAAUUCUGACUAUGCAGCUGCAUUGUUUGAAGGGAAAGUCCAGCUACACAUGAUUGAAAGUGAGUCCCUUGAAGCUCAGGAGGAACGGGAAACUCGACUUUUUCCAUCAAGAGAUGACAAGUGCAAAAUUUUGUGCCAUGCACUAACAGCAGAUUUCCUGAUUUAUGGUACAAAUGCAGGUGUUAUUCACUAUUUCUUCAUUGAAGAUUGGCAGUACAUAAAUGAAUAUCGGCAUGCCAUGAGUGUGAGGAAGAUCUUCCCUGACCCCAGUGGAACACGACUGGUCUUCAUUGAUGACAAGAGUGAUGGCUUUGUUUACUGUCCAGUGAAUGAUACAGUAUUUGAAAUUCCCAACCUGUCGCCUACUAUAAAAGGUAUUCUGUGGGAGAACUGGUCUGCAGAUAAUGGUGUAUUUGUUGCUUAUGAUGAUGACAAAGUCUACACAUAUGUAUUUCACAAGGACACAAUUCAAGGGUCCAAAGUGAUUCUAGCAGGUGGAACAAAACUUCCAUUUUCUCACAAACCUCUCCUACUAUAUAAUGGUGAGCUUACCUGUCAAACUGAAAGUGGCAAAACAAAUAGUGUUCUAUUGAGCACUCAUACUUUCCUCAGUGGCUUAAAGGAGUCCGGGGCAGAUGAUUUGAAACGAGUAUUAACACAAGCGCUGAUGCUUAAGAGGUUCUCUGAUGCUUGGGAUAUCUGCAAAAGUUUAAAUGACAAGUCAUCUUGGAGUGAACUAGCCAGAGCUUGUCUCCAUCACAUGGAUGUAGACUUUGCAAUACGUGUUUAUCGCACAAUUGGAAAUGUUGGAAUGGUGAUGUCACUGGAACAAAUUAAGGGAAUAGAAGACCAAAAUCUUUUAGCAGGACAUCUUGCCAUGUUUAGCAAUGACUUCAAUCAAGCUCAGGAUCUGUAUCUUGCAUCUAGCUGCCCGGUUGCUGCUCUUGAGAUGAGAAGAGACUUGCAGCACUGGGACAGUGCACUUCAGUUAGCUAAACGCCUGGCUCCUGACCAGAUCUCAUUUAUUUCUAAAGAGUAUGCCAUACAGCUUGAAUUCACGGGUGAUUAUGUGAAUGCUUUGGCACAUUACGAAAAGGGAAUGACAGGAGAUAACAAGUACCAAGAACAUGAUGAAGCUUGUCUAGCAGGAGUUGCUCGAAUGUCAAUUCGAAUGGGAGAUAUUAGAAGAGGAGUAAAUCAAGCUAUCAAACAUCCCAGCAGGUUGCUGAAGAAAGAUUGUGGAGCCAUCCUGGAGAGUAUGAAGCAACUGUCGGAAGCAGCACAGUUGUAUGAGAAAGGGCAGUAUUAUGACAAAGCAGCAUCAGUUUAUAUCCGCUGUAAAAAUUGGGCAAAAGUUGGAGAACUUCUUCCUUAUGUGACCUCUCCAAAGAUUCACUUACAGUAUGCCAAGGCCAAAGAAGCUGAUGGAAGGUACAAGGAAGCAGCAUUGGCAUAUGAGAAUGCAAAGGAAUGGGACCAUGUCAUCAGGAUAGAACUGGACCAUCUUAAUAACCCUGAGGAGGCAGUUCGCAUUGUUAGAGAAACAAAGUCCAUUGAUGGAGCUAAAAUGGUAGCCAGAUUUUUUCUGCGCCUGGGAGAUUAUGGAUCUGCAAUCCAAUUUUUGGUGCUGUCCAAAUGCAAUGAUGAAGCCUUUCAGCUGGCACAGCAACAUAACCAGAUGGAAGUUUAUGCUGACAUCAUUGGUUCUGAUGCCACAGUGGAAGACUAUCAAAGCAUCGCCUUAUACUUUGAAGGGGAGAAGAAGCAUUUCUUGGCCGGGAAGUUUUUCUUGCUAUGUGGCCAGCAUGCACGGGCACUGAAGCACUUUCUUAAGUGUCCAAACACUGAAGACAGUCCAGCUAUAGAAAUGGCUAUUGAAACGGUUGGCCAGGCUAAGGAAGAAACUUUAACCAAUCAGCUUAUAGAUUACCUGAUGGGUGAGAGUGAUGGGAUGCCCAAGGAUGCUAAGUAUCUCUUCCAUCUGUACAUGGCUUUGCAACAGUACAGAGAAGCUGCUCGGACUGCUAUCAUAAUUGCAAGGGAGGAACAGUCUGCAGGAAACUACAGGAGUGCCCAUGAUGUGCUUUUCAGUAUGUAUAUAGAGUUAAAAGUACAAAAAAUUAAAAUUCCAUCCGAGAUGGCAACAAACCUUAUGAUUCUGCAUAGCUACGUUCUUGUCAAGAUUCAUGUUAAACGAGGAGAUCAUAUAAAGGGAGCACGGAUGCUAAUUAGAGUAGCCAACAACAUCAGCAAAUUCCCCUCUCAUGUUGUACCGAUCCUUACUUCAACAGUCAUUGAGUGCCACAGAGCAGGACUAAAGAACUCAGCUUUCAGUUUUGCGGCUAUGUUAAUGAGACCAGAGUAUCGUAAUAAAAUAGACCUGAAGUAUAAGAAGAAGAUUGAAGCCAUGGUUAGACACCCUGACACGUCAGAGGUGGAAGAAGAAACGACUCCAUGUCCUUUCUGUGGAUUUCAGCUUCCAGAGUGUGAACUGUUGUGCCCUGGAUGUAAAAAUAAUCUCCCAUACUGCAUUGCGACAGGUCGACACAUGGUGAAAGAAGACUGGGCAAUGUGCCCAUGUUGCAGCUUCCCAGCUCUGUACACUGAAUUCAGAAGCCUUUUGGAGACCGAAGCAACAUGUCCAAUGUGUUCUGAAAAGGUUGGUGCAGAUCAGCUGAAGAAGGUAACAGACUGUUCCCAGUACCUAAAACCAGAUGAUGUAGAACAGUGAAUACAGAACAAUGUUUUUUUUUUCUUUCAUCACAUUCCAGGUCUGGCCUGAAGUAUGACAGCAAAGCCUCAACAGAAUCAAUCAUUGUGUAUUCUAAGUUAUUUCAAGUUAUUAGUUUAUUACUUUUUUUAAAAAUAUUAUAAAACCAUUAUUUCAAAUCUUGUAAAAUUAUCACAGAUUACAAUAUCUAAUUAAAAUAUGUUGAUGCCUUUUUAUAUAAUGUAGAAAUGAAAAAUAAAUUAUGGUAUUUGCUAGGAGAUAGUUUUCAUAUGUAUAUAUAAAACACACUUUCAACAUGUUUACCAGAUAUUUUCUUGUAUGACUUGAAGCUAGAAGGAAGCACAUUCUCACCCAUUCCUUGUCUCCAAGUUUUGAAGAAGUCCAGUUAUGCUUAUUAUUUUGUAAUGUUUGAUACUAUAUUGAUCAUAAUAAAGCUUUAUAUGUAUAUGUACUUUAUGAUGUAUUUGUUCCUCCUCCAACACUUCCUUGUGCCUGAAGGCAGUAGGCACAGGAGAUGAGAGUUGAGGAUCAAAGGCCAUCAUCCUGUGGGGAGUGAAGAAAUGUCAUCUUCAGGUCCUAAUAUCUCUCCUUGUUGACCAGCAGGCAUUGUGCAAUUUUUGCUGUGCUCAGUCCCUGCACUGAUACAUACUGACACACCUGCCAUGCUGAACUUUGCUUGACGGGCUCACACUCCCCCAUGUCAACUUCUCCCAUGGAGUAUACACCAGCAGUCUAACGUAAAGAAGUGGUUCCUGUAGCAGGAUGUGCAGCUAUUGUUACCACCACCACCCCCAGAUGGGCAAGUCAGCAUGAGCAACUCACCACCAUCUCUCUCUCUCUCCAACUCCUCUUGCAUCUUGGAUAGUAUUUGAACCUGAGCCAUCCAGACCAUAGGCAGGGUUUUAUCCAUACAUUCAACAAAGUUGGCAAAACUAAGCUUGUAUAUAUUGUUAGCUGCACAGUACAAAUGUGACAGUCUGUAGAACAAGAUCAUUUUAAAAUGUUUUGUCCUUGUCUCUACCUCAUUUUGUAUGUAUUUUUGAAAAUUAAUGUUUAUAAAGUUUAUCUCAAGUA